UCGUAUUGAAGCUAAACGGAACGUUAUUUUUGUACGUCAAUCAAUCGAGUAAAACUUCAAAAUAUUUUUAAUUUCAGUAGGGCAGAUCGUAUUCGGUGGAGAAACGUAUUCUCUGCGGCUGUGAAGACGAGCAACGUUGAGGCGCGGAGACAUAUCGAGACUUCUGUAAAGAAAUCAUCGUGUAAAAUGAGCAUUGCUGAUAAAUUCAAACUUCCUGCCAGAUACGGAGCCGGCGAAAAGAGCGUCUGGGUGGAAUACAUCCAGCUAGCAUUGGAAUACAAGCCUAAAGUGAACCUUGGUCAAGGCUUCCCCGACUACCAUGCUCCGAAGCACGUAACUAAGGCUCUUGCUGACAUUUCCAAUGGAGAAAACCCAUUGCUACAUCAGUAUACUAGAGGAUUUGGGCACCCGAGACUAGUGCAGAAUCUGGCGAAGGUAUACUCGCCAUUGAUCGGCAGGGAUCUCGACCCAGUUAACGAAAUUCUGGUUGGCCAGGGUGCUUAUGAGGCUUUAUACUCGGCUAUUUUAGGCCAUGUGGACACAGGGGAUGAGGUGAUAGUGAUUGAACCUUUCUUCGAUUGCUACGACUUCAUGAUAAGAUCUGCGGGCGGUAUCCCAAAGUUCAUUGCUUUGCAACCGAAAUCUUCAGGCGACAACGUAUCGUCUGCAGACUGGGUGCUGGACGAGGCUGAACUAGCUUCUCUCUUCAACAACAAAACUAAAAUGCUGAUACUCAACACUCCGCACAACCCGCUAGGGAAGGUGUUCACUAGACAAGAACUGGAGACCAUAGCUAAUCUGUGCAAGAAGCAUAAUGUGCUGUGCUUGUCAGAUGAAGUUUACGAAUGGAUGGUGUUCGAGCCCCAUGAGCAUAUUCGGAUAGCAACACUGCCGGGUAUGUGGGAGCGCACAAUCACAGUGGGGUCGGCAGGGAAGACGUUUUCGGUGACGGGCUGGAAGAUAGGAUGGGCGUACGCGCCCGCUGGACUCAUGCGCAACCUGCAGGUGGUGCACCAGAACUGCGUCUACACCUGCUGCACGCCCAUACAGGAAGCGAUAGCCCAAUCGUUCGAGAUAGAGCUGGCGCGCCGCGACACCCCAGAUUGCUACUUCAACUCUAUCCGCGGGGAACUGCUGCCGAAGAGAGACUACCUCGUGAAGGUGUUGCGGGAGAAUGGGUUCAACCCCACCGUGCCUGAUGGAGGGUACUUCAUUGUUGCUGACUGGACUCAGCUCGAAAACAAAAUCGACUUAUCUUCAGAGAGUGAUAAGUACAAGGACUAUCGGUUCACGAAGAAGUUCGCUAAGGAAGCAGGAGUACUUACCAUUCCCCCCACCGCCUUCUACUCGGAGGAGCACAAGAAACUGGGCGAGAACUUCGCUCGAUUCUGCUUUAUUAAGAAAGACGAAAACCUUCAGCUAGCUGGUAAUCUAAUCAAGGAAUGGAAUGCUAAGAAGUCUGCUUAGAGUCUACAUGUGAUCUGUGAUGUGAUAUUAUUCGGUUACGUUGUAUAUUGUAUAAAUUGAAUAUUUAACAUUUUUGGCAAAUAAGGCUAAGCCCAGAUUUAAGCAUAUUAUUGGUGCUGAUUCCAGUAAAAACCACCUAAUUUUAAGUUAUACCUGUCAUUUUCUUAUCCCCAAAGAGACGGGUAAUCGAAAGGCAUAAAAAUAUGGGACACAUGUAAAUUUUAGGCAGACACAAUAAACAAUCCUUUCAAAAUCUGGACACAAAUUUUGCACGAUUAAAUGCAGUUUUGUGCACUCAAAUUUGAUCGGGUUAUUCAUUCAUUCAUUCAUUUAAAAUUAACACCUGUAUCAUCUGCCCCUUUCCCUUUCGAUGUAUAAGAAAAUGACAUGUAUAACUUGAAAAUAAAAUUAGAUGGUGUAUAUAGGAAUUAGCACCAUUAUGGAUCAAACUUAAAAAAAACUAAGGCAUUCCCAAUUGUUUCUUUUGGUUUGAUCUAACUAUAAAUACUAUAUUUUUUUAUAUACUAAUCUUUGUAUGACUUCAGACUGAGUCUCAAUUAAGUUAUACAAAUAAAACCAAGUUUAUAUAAUUCAAA